AUGAGCCGCUCUACCUUCCGUCUCUAUGGCGCUAGCUCCCGUUUCUUGACAUGGCGCAUGCGCAGAGACAUUCCCUCGCUCCAGGCGAAUCUUGCGUUUCCAUGGACGCCGUUUCGCUGGUUCAGCUACAGCGCAGGCGCAGCUGGCGCGAGGUGCGUGGCGCGCAGAGAGCGGGAGAUAUGGAGCCUCCGCGGGGCCACUUCCCGGCCCUCAACGCGCAGGAGAAGGCCCAGCUGAAAGAAAAGUUGGCCUUAUUGAAAAGAGAAUACAGCAAAACAUUCCACAGGUUACAGCGUGCUGAAAGAGCUGAAAAGGUGAACAACUAUGUCAAGAAAACGGUUGCAGAGAAAAAUCUGUUGCUUAUGCAAGAGGAAGCUGAGGGGGACCUUGCAGAUGGUGGCUGUUCAAAGAAGAGCGCUGCAAAAGCUGCAUCAGUCACCUUCAAGCCUGAGGCCUUCAACCAAGAAGACAGCUUGCUAGGAAACUUGAGUUCUUCGUGUAGCAACCAGGACCGCAAAAGGGUUCUCUUUAGUCCUGUUCUUAAGAAAAACCAGAAUAGUUUGUCAAGAAGUAGAACCAAAGUGCAACAGAGAGCAUCUUUGGCUUUGGAGGAAAGAGAAGAAUCUACAUGGGAUGCACCUCUGGGAAAUGUGGGACCCCAGCCAGAGAGCUCCCAGGGCUCCAAGUCGCCAGUUUUCAACAGAAGUGACAGUUUAUGGAUGGACCAUAGCAUCCCAGAGGCCUCCUCAGGGAACGCAGCUGAAGAAGGAAGAGGCAGCGAUGUUUCUCCUGUGUUGCUGCAUCUGGAUUGUUUACAGGAAACAUCUGGGCAAGCCACCUUUCUUCAUGAUCUGUCGCGUGAAAACCAGGAGUCUUCACCUGAGCAUCUUUGUGAGGAAGGCCUGUUUGAUAGCUCUGGAGGUUCAGCUGUCAAGAAUAUUGUGUCACCUGCAGACAUGCAGAUUGAAUCUCCACAGAUGGAGAAGGAGGCAGGCCGAUUUGCAGGCUUAGCUGUGACCAUUGAGGCUGCCUCUCAUACACAUGGAAUGCAGCAAGAAGGCAGCCGAUGCCAGGAACCUCAGAAAUUGGAGCUCAGCGGCGGUGACGCUCCCACCAGCAAGCCCAGUGGAAAUGGUUUAGGGGAUCAGCUUGAAGAAACUGGAACUCCCCUCCUGGAUAGGGCUCCAGCCACACCUGCUAAGGAUGUGCUGAGCUCUUGCACAGUAGUUGAGGGGCUCCUGUUUCCUGUUGAGUAUUACGUAAGGACAACACGGCGAAUGUCCAGUCAACAGAGGGAGGUGAACUUGGAGGCCGUCAUUCAAACCCAGCUGGGCAAAAGUAGGAAAGGACAGAGAAUUGUGUGCAAGGAGAAGAGCACAGAUCCAGCCUCGUCGUCCUCCCAAGGGCAGACAGAAAGUGGUGAGCAGAGGGAGGCUGUUCCUUUCCCAUUUCCCGAUUCUGGUGCCAGCCCUGGCACUUCUCCUCUUCAGUCUCUUUCUAACGAGAACACAUCUUCCAGCGGGGAUCUAGUACAGAGUGAAGGCCUAGUGCAGCCCAGAAGAAAGAGAAGGCUGAGAGGGAGGUCUAAUCACAAGGCCUUGUCCGCCACAGCAGAGGACCCAGCAGAGAAUGUGGAGCUGACAAUUCCCAAGGUUGAUAGUUCUCUUGUGCCAAGUGAAGCUCAGGGAAGGAAGGAAAACCACCAUGGAAGAGACAAAGCCACAGUGCUUUACAUUACAGCUGGUGGCAGCGUGGAAUCCAAGCCGAGUGGCAGAAAAUGGCCAGCAGAGUCUGCAGUUUCUGCUUCCACACACCCUGAGACUGAGUUAGAGACUGUCCAUGUCUCACAGGUGGUGAACUCAAAGGCCAGUGUUCCCUCCAGCUUCAUGGGAAGCCUGGAAGAAAAUGACAAGACAUGUUGUCCUGACAGUGGGUCUCCUGAGCAGGCUGGGAAUUGGAACAACGCUGGGGUCAAUCUGGCACAAGUGGAUAGAGACCCCUUGCCUCACUAUGCACCCCUAGUUGCCUCUGUGAAAUGCAAGCGGAGGGGAGCACCCCGAGGUAGAAGGAGGGCCAGCCUGCCUGUGGAAUCUCAGGAUCCUACCUCACUUUACCUCUUUGGGACAGGUUCCCCCAAAUUGUCCCUUCCUUUUCAUGGCAAGAGAAGUAAGAUGUCCAGUCUUAAAUGGCUGCCCUGUGGCUUAGAGCUCCAAGAAUUCCACCUACCUGAAGAUGAAUUUGGGCUCCUUAAACUGGAAAAGCUCAAAGCCUGUGCUGUAAAUCUGCCGGAGACUUUUGACACUGGCCAGUCAGCCAAGUGCCUCCAGGACACUAGUGGGGCUGGCUUUGAGAAAGAUUCAGCACUAAGAGAGAAUCCCAUUUCCCUGGAGAAAGAGCCACCCUUUCCAGUGGGCUCCCCUCGGAAAGCUCUUCCAUCAACUGAGUUGUUCCUCUCUCUAGCCCUGGAGGGCGUCCCAGAGUCCCAGCUGCCUACCCCAGUUUUCCCCCGUUUGGGGGCAACCCCAGCCUCCCAGGCCUUGCCAGGCACACCUGGCGCAUCUGCUUUGCAAGCUCAUGCCAGCCCUGAGCCAGGGGACUCUGCAGGUAUUUCUGCCUUGCCCAGGAGCAGGCAAGAGGAAGAAGAGGGAGGUGGCGAAAGGAUGCCCUCAUUGUCACAAGGCCAAAGGGAAAAGAGCUGGAAGCCUGAUGAGGACGUGGCCAGCUUUGAAGAAAGGCUGCUAUCAGCUAGCGAGUCUGUUGAGUGUUACAAGGAAUCCCCCAAACAGGAAGAAAGAGCAGAGGAGCCUAUGAACGAAGUGACUGUAGAAGACCUAGCGGAGGACAGCCAGAGAAAAGGGACCUUGCGGAUGACCUCAAAACUAAAGAGCUGCUCUGGAUCAUGCUCGGUGGACGUGGGCACCGUGUGGUGGGAGGCCGCUGACUUCACAGCACUGUGUGUUGUGACAGCUUGUGAGGCUUCCAUUUCCCUCUGGAGGCAUCUGGAGUCUGGCCACUGGGGCUGUGUGCACACCUGGCACUUUACAAAGGUUCCGGUCAUUCAGAUUGUCCCUCUUCCAGGUGUCCAGAGCCUUGUGUGUGUUGCAUUGGGAGGACUGGAGAUUUCAGAGAUCAGGUUCUUGUUUUAUUCUUCUGAAGAUGGCUGUGUUAAGCAACCCCUCAUCAAAACUGGAAACAUAAAUGCUGUCCUUGGACUAAAGAAUAGGAGGCUGGUCAGUAGUUGUGGGUCACUCCAAGACCAAGAAGUGGAAGUCCUCUCUUUCUCUGAGACAGGAAGGAGUAAAGAGAGGCAGGCUUUGAUGCCUCCUGAGGAGACUGUUUUGGCUUUUGCUGAAGUGGAUGGGAUGGAGGAGGCUUUAAUUGCCUUGACUACCACAGAUUGCUUGGUGGUCUGGAACUUGACAACUGGGCAGCUGCUGAGGAAGGUGCCUCUUGGUUCUUCCUACCCAGGAUCUGUCUGCCACAAAGCCUAUUCUGACUCGGGCCUCCUGUUCAUAGUUCUGAGCCACCCGCAUGCCAAGGAGAGCAACUCAUGGGUGAACCCUGCCUUCCAGGUGGUUGUGCUCAACCCCAAGACAGCGAGGAGUGCCAGGCUGAUGUCCUUAUCCCUUCCCCUGGGAAUCACAGGAAGGUACUUGGAGGGUGAAGUGAAGGGCGCUUCUGCAGCAGCUGUGCUAACAUCUGGAACCAUUGCUGUCUGGGAUUUAUUUUGGGGGCAGUGCACGGCUCUGCUGCCCCCCAACUCUGAAGGGAGCUGGUCUCUCGCCAGGUGGUCUGUCACUGACACUUGUCUGCUGGCUGGGCAAAAGGACGGCAGUGUUUACAUUUACAGUUACACAACAGCUUUGAGGGACUCGCUUGGUUAGAUGAGUUAAUUUGGACAAGAUUUCCUGCACUUGAACAACAUGUAAGGACUAGUGGAUCCAUUUCUCCGAAAAGUUGAAUGCUUUCAAAAGUGUUAUGAAGUGCCUUAGGAGAAAGUUAUAUUCUGUUUAUUCUGGCAUUGCCAGUAUAGUUGUGCCUGCUGGGGCCAAUGGUAGUUUUAUCCCAGAAGGCUGGUCUCAGGAAUUGAUAAUGGGCACGAUCCACUUUGAAUGUUUUCUCUGCAUACCCCAAUGGGCUUCCCUGGGCACAGCAUUGUGCAAAAUCUAUUGUUCUUACUGUUCACCCUCUUGGGCAGGCUUUGAACUGUUAAAAACUAUUUCUGGAGUGUCUUAAAUGUAAUAUUAAAAUUUCUUCUUCAAAAAAUGUAUGAAGUUUUCUAGGUGACGGGUUAUAAAUUGCAUAAAAUUUU